ACAUGUUUGAACUUUUUUAUCAUUGCAGAUGUUCAGUUUAGUGACGUCAGUCUUGCUGGUUGCAGUCCUAGUAGAUGGCGCUCCAACCUCCACCAUGGUAACGGCGACCACCUCUAGCAGACAAGAACUUAAUCUAGACUUAGAAAAGAACAAUCUGACAACAUUGAAUAAGUCAAAAGACACAGAAGACUCGUAUUCAGUUAACGCAUCUGUCACUAUAGAACAUCAGGAUGAUGAAUUUAAUAAUACUACCGACGACGAACCGCGUGAACAGCCAAAGAUGAUGAAGAAUGGUAGUGUACGCAUAAAAAAGAUAAAUGCCUAUCGAUUUAAACAAAUUCAAAAUUUUCUGAAGAAAAUACGAAAACUCCGUUCAAUGCUAAAAGUAAGGAUCUUGAAUAACAGCACCGAAAACAGUAAUGGCACAAUGCAUGUUAUUCCAAAAAGUGUUCUGAGAAAUAUGUUGACAAAAUACAAACAAUAUAAAAAGCAAGGCAAUCCACCCGUAAAAGCCAGUAACACGUCAGAAUCAUCUUCAGUUAAUGCAACUUAUUCCACCAACAAGAAAAGCGAUAACAAUUCAAGUUUACUAUUGAAUUUUGUGCGCUUUUUUGAAAGCGAAUCGCCAAUUAUUCGAAAAAGGAUUUCACAAAAUACAAAAGGGGAACUAAUAUCCGAAGAUGAUCUCGAAGAACUCAUCGAAGAAAGAGAUGAAAACGAAGAGGGAAAAGAUGACGACGAUUACGACAUUUCAGACUUUAUAAUUAGGAUGCUUGAUGAGAAACAAGAACCAGAAAAUGCCGAUUGGAUGUAUACUCCCGAAAAUCAAGCAGAACCACGCCACGAAGCAGACAAUAUAGAAUGGUAUUUUACGCCCGAGAGAGGAAUGGAAGCACUACCACUUCAGGAAUCAGGAAACCUUAAGUGGAAUUUCGUGCCAAAUAGUCAUGUCGAACCACUCCAUGAAUUAAAAUCUCUCGAUUGGAAUUCGGCACCUGAAAAUCGCAUAGAAUCACACCUCGAAUCACUGAACAUGGAUUGGAAUUCCACACCCGAGAGUUAUGCUGAAUCAGUUGUUCAAGACAAGGCAAAUGACAAUGAAGAACCACGUGCGCUAGUAACAGACCACAAUUAUUAUUAUCACAAGUCGAGUCCUGAAACUGGAAACCAAGAGGCUAAUGUUGUAGAUAGUGCAGGAAAUGUAGAAGACGGAAAGCUGGAAAGUCUACUCUGGAAAGAUUUCUUCAGUUUUCAAAUCCCAGAUAAAAUAACCAGGAGAAGAGACGUGCCAUCUCAUGACCCUGAAAGAAAGUUAUCGAGCCCACAUUAUAAUGAGAAACAAACAGAACUUGAUGGUACAUACGAUUAUGAGGAUGAAGAUAGCUCCGAAAGAGAAGAGGAUAAUGAUUAUCAAUAUAAGGAUACCCCUGAUUAUACAAAUGAAUUUAAAGAAAAGGAAUCGAAGUCUAAAGUGUCUGAUAAAGAGACAUACGAUAAAGUUUCAAAAAAUGAUAAAGCUACGUAUGGAAAAUCAGUUUCUUUUAAAGACCUUAAAUAUAAUGAAGAAGGAGACAGUUCCGAGAGUGGAGAGGAUAGUGAUUACCAAUAUGAUGAUUCUCCCGAUUAUGUUGAUGACUACGAAGAUCGUUCUUCAAAGGCUAAAGUACCAAAUAAAAAGACAUACGGUAACAACCAAGCAAAUAAUAAAGGAUCCUAUAUAAAACCCUUUUCUGUUAAAAAGCUAAGGCAUGGUGAAGAAAGUGACAGCUUCGAAAGUGGAGAGGACACUGAUUACCAGUUUGAGGAUACCGAUUAUGUUAAUGACUACGAAGAUCGAUCUUCAAAGGUUCAAGUACCACAGAAAAAAACAUACGGUAAUAGCCAAGCAAAUAAUAAAGGAUCUUAUAUAAAACCCUUUUCUGUUAAAAAGCUUAGGCAUGGUGAAGAAAGCGACAGCUUCGAAAGUGGAGAGGACACUGAUUACCAGUUUGAGGAUACCGAUUAUGUUAAUGACUACGAAGAUCGAUCUUCAAAGGUUCUAGUACCAAAGAAAAAAACAUACGGUAAUAGCCAAGCAAAUAAUAAAGGAUCUUAUAUAAAACCCUUUUCUGUUAAAAAGCUUAGACAUGGUGAAGAAAGCGACAGCUUCGAAAGUGGAGAGGACACUGAUUACCAGUUUGAGGAUACCGAUUAUGUUAAUGACUACGAAGAUCGAUCUUUAAAGGUACAAGUGCCAAAUAAAAAGACAUACGGUAGAAAGCCUGUAAGCAAUAAAGGCCGAUAUAUUGCACCAUUUUCUGUUAAAGACAUUAGGCAUGGUGAAGAGGGUGAUAGUUUCGAAAGUGAAGAGGACUUUGAUUACCAAUAUGAGGAUACUCCAGAUUACGUAGACCAAUAUAAAGAUCGGUCUUCAAAAUUUAAUCCAGUAAAGGGAAAACUAUAUGGUGGGGAUUCCACACUAAAAACUCUCUCGACCGUUGCAGCGUAUAAUGGUAAAUCUUAUAUCAAUUAUGGAGAAAGUCGAGAAGUUGAUGACUAUAUUGAUGAGUCUAAAGAGAGUUUUUCAGCAGAAGGUAUAUGGAAUACGAAACGCCUUGGUGCAAAGGAUGCAUCAGUAUUUUCCGAUAAGGUGAGAGAUGCUUAUCGUAAAUCAACGAGAAAACGUUAUUUCACCGAUAAAAUUGGCUAUGACAGUAGCGGAAGCGAGGAAUAUGACAGUAGUGAAGAAACUUUAUCACCACAUCAUAACCAUAACAAAGAUAUUAACUAUGACAAGAGCGAAAGUAAAGAAUUUGUCGACUACAGUAGUGAAGACACUUCAUCAUCACAUCAGAAACAUAACAUGGACUAUGACAGCAGCGGGAGUGAAGAGUAUGACGAUAACAGUAGUGAAGGGAUAUCACCACUACAGCAUAAAAAAGAUUCAGCAUCUCGAUCUAGGUCAUCGUCGAUUUCAAAUGAACACGAUUUGGACAGUAGCAGUAAUGAAAAAGGAAGUGUCGAGAUUGGUCACAAUACGAGGCACAUGUGGGAAGAUGAUAGCUCUGAAUCUAACAGCCAGGAGUACUACUACUCCGAUGAGGAUUACUACAGUAGCAGUGAAGAGCAGUUGCCAGUCGCCGUGAAAGUAAAUACACCAAUAAAUAAGGUGAACCACCCAACAACGAAUAAGGUUAACCCUUCUCCAAAGAAUAAUGUUAACCAUUAUCGCAAUUUCUUUGACAAGCAUGCCUGGGAAAGUGAACAUCACAAUAGAUAUCAAGAGGAAAGUAGAAACUUUAACAAAUACAAUGAUGACGACAAUACAAUAGACUAUGUUCCACCAAAAUUACAGAUCGAUCAUCAAGUUAUUUACGAACCAACAACUCCUGUUCCCACAUUUCCUCCAUUUGUAUAUCGAAAACAUGAACCACCAACUCCUCCAACAACUCCUGUUCCCACAUUUCCUCCAUUUGUAUAUCGAACGCAUGUACCACCAACUCCUCCCCCUCCUCCUACUAAUCCUCCAAAACCAAUCAUACAUAGAACCUAUCUGGCGCCUUCUCCUCCUCCACCACCCACUGUUCCACCUCAGCCUAUAAUACCCUACCCUACUCCACCACCUACAUCCCCUCCUUCUCCGCCUGUAAUACAUUAUAUUCCCCCGACACCCACAACUCCCCCUCCUCCUCCUCCACCACCCCGAACAAUAGUACUUAAAACGUACAUUCCCACAGCACCUACCACCCCUCGUCCUGCCCCUCCUCCGCCCCGAACAAUAGUACAUAAAACAUAUAUUCCCCCAACACCUACCACCCCUCCUCCUCUCCCGCCUCAAACGUAUAUCCCUCCCAUACCUACAACACCACCUCCACCUCCAGUUCCAGAAGUGCAAAAACUACAAAUAUUAAGAACACCAAUCUUCCCUCCAACAUUUCCUCCUCCCACUAACCCUCCCCCUACCCUACCUCCAAAAAUCCCGCCACCUAAAACAGAACCGAUACCAAAGCUCCAAAUUCUAAGAACUCCGAUUAUACCUCCUCCAAGGCCGGAACCAAGACCUAGGUUACAAAUAUCGAUAAUACCUAUUAAUCUACCACCUGUCCCUAAACCAGAACCGACACCUAAAGUGUAUAUACCAAACAAACCAAUACCUCCUCCUGUACCAAGACAAAAUCAACAUUAUUUAUUUCAUAUGUUAAAACCGAAAAAGACGAAGAAAGUCUCUACCUAUGACGCAAUAGAAAAAGAGAUCAUGAAUGUCGAUUUACAAAAAGCCUGGACCAAUAGCUACAAACAAAAUGUAAAUAAAGGUUACUACAAGAAGAAUUCGUACGAUAAAAAACAGACUUAUGGCUAUGGAAAAAAUAGUUAUGGAUAUGGAUAUCAAAACAUUGUGCCUAGAAAUUCGUAUGAUAAGAAAACAGGAUAUGGUUACGGUAUGAACACUAGGAAUUCGUAUGAUAAGAAAACAGGAUAUGGUUACGGUAUGAACACUAGGAAUUCGUAUGAUAAGAAAACAGGAUAUGGUUAUGGUAUGAACACUAGGAAUUCGUAUGAUAAGAAAAUAGGAUAUGGUUAUGGUAUGAACACUAGGAAUUCGUACGAUAAGAAAACAGGAUAUGGUUAUGGUAUGAACAAUAGGAAUUCGUAUGAUAAGAAAACAGGAUAUGGUCACAGCUACCGAACUACACCUAAUCUAUCCUACAAAAGAAAUAAUGGAUAUGGAUAUAGAAAAACUUACGGCAACAAAUAUUCUAACGGUCCGUCGUAUGGAAAAAGAUUUUCACCACAUCUAUCCUUAAGACCUUUUAUCUUACCGUAUCCUACAUCACAUAAUAUCAUCCAUCAUCAAGUCAAUAAACAUUUUAUGGGCCUGCAGCCCCUUCUUCCUUUCCAUGUUCAACCUGUUCUUUUUGGUUCAUCUGCGCUACACCAAAAUCACAUAUCUCAAAAUGGAUUACAAAAGAAUAAUAACCAGUAUUUCAAACGAAGGACGUCAAAGUAUUAAAUGUUUUAGUUUUAUAUUGGUGAUGUUAUUUGUUUGUUAUCAUAUACAAUCAUGUAUGUUUAUAUUUAUCUCUUUGUUACAGUAUUAAAUAUUUAUUAUAACCAUGA